AUGAAGAAUGAAGAAGUGCAUGCUAUCAUAGGGCCUCAAAAGUCAUCGCAAGCUAAGUUUGUAAUAGAGCUCGGAGGACAGGCACAGGUUCCGAUUGUUUCUUUCUCAGCUACUAGUCCCACUCUUUCGGCAACUCAAAGCAAAUAUUUUGUCCGGACAGCUCAGGAUGAUUCUUCUCAAGUGAAAGCAAUAGCAGCCAUUGUCCAAGCUUUUGGUUGGCGGGAAAUUGUACCGAUAUAUGAAGACUCUGAAUAUGGGAACGGUUUGGUUCCAUAUUUGUUAGAUGCCUUUCAAGAGAUUGACACUCGAGUGCCUUAUGGAAGUAGCAUUCCUUUGUAUUUCAAUGACACUGAAAUCAUGAGGGAGCUCAACAAGUUGAAGGCGAUGCAGAAGAGUAUAUUUCUGGUGCACAUGUCAUCCUCCCUUGGGUCCAGGCUGUUCGUACUUGCCAAGGAUGCCGGAAUGAUGAGCGAAGGAUAUGCAUGGCUCGUAACAGCAGGAUUAUCCAGCUUGUUGGAUCCUGUGGGUUCUGAAGUCAAGGAUUCAAUGCAAGGUGUAUUGGGUGUAAGGCCACAUAUUCCAGUUUCAAAGAAACUUGAAAAUUUUAAAUCAAGAUGGAGAAAUAAUUUCACUACAAGCAAAACACAAAGUAAGAUCAGUGAAUUAAACCUUUUCGGUUUGUGGGCAUAUGAUACAGUUUGGGCAAUGGCGAUGGCAGUAGAAAAGGCUCGUAUUGUUCACUCAAGAUAUCUAAAGCCAAAUACUACUGAAAGCACAGUUGACAUUGCUUCUUUAGGAACAUCUGAAAUGGGGCCAAAACUCCUAAGCUCGAUAUUAAGCACAAGAUCUCAAGGCCUAAGUGGGGACUUCCAUUUGACUGAUGGAGAAAUGAUACCUUCAGCCUUUGAAAUACUCAAUGUGAUCGGAAGAGCAGAGAGAGUUAUCGGAUAUUGGACUCUAGAGAGAGGACUCAUGCGAAACUUUCAUACUAAUGGUAAAAUAGCAUACUCAACUUCCAAAAACAAACUGAAGGAACCAAUUUGGCCAGGAGACACAACCCAGCAGCCAAAGAAGUUGAGAAUUGGGAUUCCUCUGAGAAGUGGCUUUAGCGAAUUUAUAAAAGUAGAAUGGCAUCCUGAAAGUGAUAAACCUACAGUUUCAGGUUUUUCUCGGGAUGUUUUCCUCGCUGUCGUUGAUGCACUACCAUUUCCCCUUCCGUAUGAGUUCAUUCCCUUUGUGAACAAUAGCAAGCAGAGUGCUGGGACUUACAAUGAACUUCUUUACCAAAUCAAACUAAAGAGUUACACUGCUAACUUGGCCUCAAUGUUGACAGUACGGUUGCUGCAACCUACAUUUGAUGAUGUCAGAGAGAUAAGAGAAAAAGGUUAUUUUGUAGGACACCAGAGGAAUUCUUUUGUCAAAGACUUCCUCAUGAAACAAUUGAACUUCAGUGACACAAAAUUGAGGGAAUAUACCACUCCCGAAGAGUAUCAUGAAGCAUUGUCUAAUGGAACCCACAAUGGUGGUGUAGCUGUUAUCUUUGCUGAAAUUCCCUACGUCAAACUCUUCCUAGCAAAGUACUGCUCCAAAUAUCAAACAGUUGGACCAACCUACAAAACCGAUGGCUUUGGCUUUGCCUUUCCACUUGGGUCCCCACUGGUCCCUUACAUUUCAAGGGCAGUCUUGAAUGUCACACAAGAUAAAGAUAAAAUGGAAGCAAUUGAACGGAGGAACUUUGGUGGGGAAACCACUUGUUUAGAUCAAGCUUCCAAGAACCCUUCCGUUGGCCUUAGGUUAUCUAACUUCGGAGGCCUCUUCAUCAUCACAGGAGUUGCUUCCAUGUCUGCUCUUCUGAUAUAUAUCAUGAAGUUCCUUUACUGUCAUUGGCCGGAUUCGAACACCACAGAUCAAGAUCGAUCCUUUUACUUGAGAAUUCUUGAAUUGGCAAAGCGUUUUGGCAUGGAAGAUCCAUCUGUUCAUCAUCUUAAUAAAACUGAGUCAAGCGUUCUCGCUGAACCAAGUCUAGAUAUCGCUGGAGCUUCACCAAAUAGGGACGAUACACAUAACCAUUCAAGGACUUCCAGUGAAGCAUCUGGAGACAUCAUUGAAGGUCAAGACCAUGACAAUCUUACCCCAGGUAGAAAUGCUGCAAAUUCAGAAGCCCCGAGCAUAACUACCAUAUUUCUCUUCAAUUUUAUUGUUUGGACAAUUAUUUGUGCUGCGGUUGCUUUGUUCUGUGAAGCUCAGUCUGGUUGUCCUGCUGUCAAGGCUGGCUCUGUCCUAAUUCUUCAAAACUGA